AUGAGGUCUACUCCAUUCCUCACCACUACCACUAGCUUCCUGCUUUUCCUCUACGGAGCAAAAGCUAGCCAGCCACAGUCCCUCUCCUUGUCAGAAAGCUCCUCUUCUCAGCCAUCUGAUGGCUACGAUGCUACUAUAUGUGGCCAGAAUGCAUACGCGGGCAAUUCUGGCUUCUCAUACAGCUCUGAUGCUUGGAACCCCGAAAGUGGCGGGUUUCAAUGUCUCUCUGUAAACUCGACUACCCUCGCUGGUUUCGACGCCACUUGGCACUGGCCAGUCGAUGCCUACACCGUCCAUUCAUACCCCCACGUCACACUUUCUUCGGACAACCUACCCGUGCCCCUGUCCAAUCUCUCGGGGCUUCGCUUGGUUGCAGGAUGGGCAAUGUCCCCUGGGACGAUCUCGACGGUUCGUGACCUCUCGGCGCGGACUGGCGUCGACACAAGCGGGCUGAACAAUGUCAAAGCCAAGGCCAACGUCGCCUUCGACAUGUUCCUCGAUGUGGACAAGGAAAACUCUACGUCCGCCACGGCUGCGGCCUACGAGAUGAUGAUCUGGAUCGGGCGUAUUGGCAGUCCUUACCCGCUGGGAUACAACACCGAGAACGCCACCUGUUACACGCAGCAGUUGGGCCAUUACGAUUUCACGCUUUAUGUGGGCCAAAACUCCCGAGGCGCCAGUGUCUUUACAUGGGUUUCACCAUCCGACGAGACGAGCUUCAACGAGGACAUCUCACCGCUGCUGCAGUACCUUUGGCGGAACCAGCUCGUGCCUGCUGAUGCCUGUCUUGGGCUCGUCGAGUUCGGUUCCGAGGCAUAUCAUUCUCAGGCCAACGUAACGUUCAGCGCGGCUAAUUUCACAAUGACAGCGUGGGAUGGAGAGCCGCCCAAGCUUGAGCUGGAUCCCGUGGGCGAAAAGUGCGCGAGCCCCACCAGCCCAGCGAGUCCGCAAAGCAGUGUAGAUUCGAAGAAAGGUCAGGCGGUCAGGGCAAAAGUUGGAUCGGUGUGGAUGUACAUGGCGUCUUCCUCUCUGCUUUGCAUCUUCGUGGCUGUUAGCUAG